AUGGCAUAUAGCCUUUCUUGGUAUCUCAUGCGAGAUGGAACCUUCUAUUUCAUUAUCAUGCUCGUUUUGAACGUCGUCGACAUCCCCUUUUUCGCACACGCGGAUGUUCAGCUGUUCUUGUCAACCACGAUAUAUCCUUUGUCGGUUCUCCUUCUCUCCCGCCUAUUACUGAACCUCAGAGACGCGGCCUACACUUCUACAACUUCAAAAACAUCGUCCGGCUUCGUGGAUGUGCCUUCGCUCUGCACUCCUUCGAGUGUGGUUUUCGCGCGCGAAUCAACGGGUGCAGACCCGGAGUCACCAGACAUCUUUGAAUCACCGAGGCUAGACUUUGCCGAUGAUGCUGACGACGCCGUGCUGGACUUGUUCGAGAAUAGGAGCUAA